GCGCUAUAUAGGGAAGGGAGGGGUGGUUGAGCGGGGGGUGCCCGGCGUGGCCAAAGCGCACGGGGCGGCGAUGCCUCCUGCCAGGGAAGCGCACAAGUGACCGGCGCCUCUUCCCAUGCCUGUCUCCUGAAGCGACCCCCCCGCCCGGCAUGGAUGUGGCCAACAACACUACCUCCCCACCGCGCUCCCCCGAGGGGACAGGCAGCCUUGGCCUCGCCGAGGUGACCCUGGGCUACCAGGUACUCACCUCCCUGCUCCUGGGAACUCUCAUCCUGUGCGCCGUGAGCGGUAACGCCUGCGUGAUCGCGGCCAUCGCCCUGGAGCGCUCCCUGCAAACCGUGGCCAAUUAUUUGAUCGGCUCGCUGGCCGUCACCGACCUCAUGGUGUCCGUGCUGGUUCUGCCCAUGGCGGCCCUGUAUCAGGUGCUGAACAAGUGGACACUGGGGCAGGUCAUCUGCGACAUCUUCAUCUCGCUGGACGUGCUUUGCUGCACCUCUUCCAUUCUGCACCUGUGCGCCAUCGCCUUGGACAGGUACUGGGCCAUCACGGACCCCAUCGACUAUGUUAACAAGCGGACUCCCCGACGGGCGGCCGUGCUUAUCAGCCUGACCUGGCUAAUCGGCUUCCUGAUAUCCAUCCCACCCAUGCUGGGCUGGAGAACGCCGGAGGAUCGCUCGAACCCCGAUGCCUGCACCAUCAGUAAGGACCACGGGUACACUAUCUACUCCACCUUCGGCGCCUUUUAUAUUCCGCUUCUCCUCAUGCUGGUGCUCUACGGUCGCAUCUUCAAGGCGGCCCGCUUUAGAAUCCGCAAGACAGUGAAGAAAGCGGAGAAGAAGAAAAUCGCCGACACCUGCCUCACCCUCUCUCCGGCCACCGUGCAGAAGAAAGGCAACGGGGAGCCCGACAAGGGCUGGAGGCGAACUGUAGAGCCCAAGCCUGGUGCCUGUGUUAACGGCGCUGUGCGGCAGGGCCAGGACGGGACUGCCCUGGAGAUCAUCGAGGUCCAGCGCUGCAACAGUUCCUCCAAGACUCACUUGCCGCUGCCCACCGAGGCGUGCGACUCCCCCCCGCCAUCCUCCUUCGAGAGACGCAAUGAGAAGAACACGGAGGCCAAACGGAGAAUGGCUCUGUCCCGGGAGAGGAAGACUGUCAAGACCCUGGGCAUCAUUAUGGGCACCUUCAUCCUCUGCUGGCUGCCGUUUUUCAUUGUGGCCCUAGUCCUGCCCUUUUGUGACAGUAAGUGCUACAUGCCCGCGUGGCUGGGGGCAGUAAUCAACUGGCUGGGCUACUCUAACUCCCUUCUCAACCCCAUUAUCUAUGCCUAUUUCAACAAAGACUUCCAAAGUGCUUUUAAGAAAAUUAUCAAGUGCAAAUUUUGCCGUCAGUGAAGCCCCCCGCUACGGGACGGGGCAAGCGGGGUCCUCCUACUCGCUCCACCCGCCUGCCGUGCGCCGCAGAGUGCCCCCUCCCAGCUCCUCUACAGCGCCGUCCGAAGGGUGGGGGACCCCGCCAUCUCCCCCUUCGCGCAGCUCGCCGUAGUCCCUCGCUCCUUCGCUCGCCGGACAAGCCCCGCGAGGCAGGACGGGGCUCCGCUGGGAAGGGCGCGGGACGCUCGGCCCAGGAGGGCUCCGCGGCCGCCUUCGCCUUGCAUGGCCUCCGCUGCCGGGCGCCGGCGCUCCCGCCUCCCUCCAUCCCCUCCAUCAUUCUGGGUAGACUUAGGGUUUGCAGGUCGUUGCUCGUGGUAGCUGUAAGCCACUGUGUCUGCCCAAGUAGCAUCGGUAAAAACAAACCACCCUAUGCAGGAAACCUCCGUGUCGGGGAUUAUUCAUGGAUUUACGAGGCGACGCGGACUCAAGAGUCCGACCUCGGUCUGGCAGUAGUGUGAGUGUGGAGGCUGGAGGCGGAGGAAGGAGCUUUGGGCGCGUUGCUUCCCGGGCUGUGAAACCUUCAAGUGGGUGUUCUUGGGAAAACCGACCAUGGUUUGUAAUCUUGCAAAGUACUUAGAGCAGUGUCCCUGUUUGCAUUACCUGUGCCUGACAGCUCUACUGCUAUGCUAGGACCUUCCAGUUCAUCGGGCUUCCCUUUGUUACAGCACAGGAAAAUGAUGGGACUUAAACCCCAACCGCACGCCUCAUUAUAUGGAGAUUUAUGGGGAUUAUUUUUUUUAAAUGCCUUCGACUAAGUGUUUCCCAGCAAGGAAAGGCUUGGAGCUGUGCGACUAUCUCUGAGUAUACCCCGCUCGCAACGGCACAGCGAGUUUAAGCAGCCUGCGAAGUGGCGCUUCUUUCUUUUUUUUCUUUUCUUUUUUUCCCCCCCUCUUCCUUAAGCCGCUUGAAAGUUUCUCCCGAGACAUUGCGGUUGCUUCGGAGGCAGCCAGAUGAGGCACAUUUUGCUCGGGGGAAAAAAAAGAAAAAAAAAAGACAACAACACGACGAUCCAAACUGAUCAACCAAAACAUUGCCAUGUGCUCUGUAGCAGUAGGGGAGGGGCCGAGAGCAUCUGCCAGCGGCAGUCGUAGGUGGGGAAAGCAAGCACUCUCCUCCCCCGGGACAGCGCCGGCGGGGGUAAGCACGACCCUCCCCGCAAGCUGAGAGCCGCGGACAGAAGCAGGCAGUGUCACUGCAAGGAGAGCCUAGCUCGGCCCGGCCGGUUGUCGCGGCGGCUCUGCCAGGCUCUGCCCGCAGAGGGUCCCCGCUCUGCCACUGGCCCAGCUGCUUGGCCCCUCCUUCCCCGCGGGGCCCGGGGUUGGGGCAGGACUGCGUUGCCCGCCGCACAGCCCCUUUGCCCGCCCUGCCCCUGCCCUGCUUCCCCCGCCCCCUGCGGCCGGGACCCGAGGCCUCUUUCAGCCUUGGGAGGGGACGGCGCUCGAUCGGAUAAUGGCAGUGGGCCGGCUCCCGCCUACCCGUGGAAUGAAUGCUUGACCAAAUAUAUAUAUAUAUAUAUACACACAUAUAUAUUUUUUCCUGUUUAUUUUUGUGUAAUCUGUGUUACUUGUAAGUAAAAGGGAAUGUGAAAUAUGUGUGUCACGUGAAUGUAAGUGUCCAGUAAUUUCUGAACUUCACUCUCUUACAUUAAACGAAAAUAGUGCUUUUAG